AUGUCAACAACAGAUAGUUUACGCCAUACUCAAAAACAAUAUCCUGGUGCCCAUUACAAUGAAGCAGAUAUGAAUGGUGAUGCACCAGGUCGAGAUGCAAAUUCUCACAGUCAGUUAUAUUUGCCAAUUUAUAAUACGGUAAAAGACAAUGUUUCUACCGAACCACCUACUGAUCCUUACCGCACAACAUUAGAAAGGCAUAGAUCUAACCCAACCGAUGCCGUCGACUAUAGUAGUACACAAAAUUUAGUCCAUGAAAAUGAUAAGCACUAUAGCGAUAGCAAUUCAGUUUAUGCUAGCCAUACCUAUGAAGGCUAUGCAAGUACAACCGAUCCAACUUAUGCUCAAGUCGAAAAGAAGAAAAAAAUUCCUCGUACUUUUGAUGAUUUAAAUCGAUUGCCUCCAUCAUCGGGCAACGAUCCAUAUUCUACUUAUCCUCGCAAUCCGAACAAUCAAGCACCAUAUAAUCCUCGCCAAUCUACCGAUAGCAAUAUCUAUGGUACAGUGCAUAAAGAGCCAGCCCAACUGCCUGUAGAGCAGGCACCAGAAAUUGUGCAACCUCGUCAAAAUCAAAGAAACUCCACUAAAAGGCAACAAUCGGAAUAUGAGGAUAUUGAAGCAGCGCAUUUUAACCCAGCCUACGAAAAUCAGGAUUAUGGUUCAGCUUCGUUACCACGGCAUUUCCGUCCGCAAGGAACGGUCGACGACGAUGCCAGUAAAGAAUUAAUGUUAUAA